AUGAGUAAUAACGAGGAUGCCGCCAUUAGCGAUCUCUGUCGCAAGAUUGAGCGCGAAAAGACACUGAUCGCUGGCUUUAAUUCUAUGCGACAGGCCACAAACAACAGCCAGGUCAACUCGCGUAUCGACUCGCAAGUCCGCGAUGCCCAAAGGAAUCUCAAGUACUUUGAGAAGACUCUGCAAGACCUGCAGAGUCGCAAGCUCGGCGACAACAUGUCCAACAUGACCCUCAACAACGACUCAGGCCCGCUGCCGCCUUCGCACCAAGACGACCAAGACCCCGGCAGCUACGGAGCUCCCGGCCCCGGCGGAUACAGCAUGGGUGGCGGCAACGGCCUGAUGCCCCCUCGCGCGCCGUACGCCCCGCCAGCACCCGGUCAAUCCGGUCUCAAGAACCGUCCCAAUUACAGCCGACUGGACCUGAUCAAGGCCGAGACACCCCACCUCGGCCCGCGCAUCCAGCUCAUGCUGUCACAACUCGAGUUCAAGCUCAGCGUCGAAAAACAAUACAAGGAUGGUAUCGAGAAGAUGGUGCGCUUGUACCAGCUCGAGGGAGACCGCAAGAGCAGGGCAGAAGCCGAGGGUCGUCGCAUUGAGAGUAGCCAGAAGAUCCACCUUCUCAAGCAAGCUCUGAAGCGCCAUGAGGAUUUGCAUGUUGCCGACAUCAGCACCGACAUGCAAGACGAUGACAGUCUAAACAUCCCCAGUCAGCGCAAGCCUCUCAGUGGUUACCUGUCUAUCCGCAUUCAAGCCAUUGCCGAUGUCGACCAUGCCGCGACGGGUAGAUUCUCGCGCGGUCCCGAGACGUUUGUCAUCUUGAAGGUCGAGGACAGCUUCAAGGGCCGCACCAAGGCCACCCGUACCGACCGCUGGACCGACGAGCAACACGACUUCGAUAUUGACAAGGCCAACGAGAUUGAGCUGACUGUCUACGAUAAGGCGGGCGAGCACCCCAUGCCCAUUGGUAUGCUGUGGGUACGCAUCUCGGAUAUUGCAGAGGAGAUGCGUCGCAAGCGUAUCGAGAGCGAGGUUAAGAACUCUGGCUGGAUCUCUGCCGAUCACAUGGGCGACUCAGGCCCGCGUCCCGACAUGCAAUUCUCUCCACCUCCAGGAAGUGCAGGUGCUGGCUCAGUACACGCUGGUCAACAAGGUCCCUCUGGCGGCUUUGGCGGAGGCCCAACACCGCUGACCAACCCUGUUGUAAUUGACGACUGGUUCUCACUCGAGCCUGUUGGCAAGAUCAAGCUGAACUUGAGCUUCGUCAAACAAACUCGCGAACGCAGACCAUUCGACGUCGGACUUGGGCGUAAGGGAGCUGUUCGUCAGCGCAAGGAAGAUGCAGUCGAGCAGUACGGCCACAAGUUUGUUCAGCAGACUUUCUACAACGUCAUGCGCUGCUCUCUGUGUGGUGACUUCUUGAAGUACACGGCUGGUAUGCAGUGCUCAGACUGCAGAUUGACCUGCCACAAGAAGUGUUACCCAAGUGUCGUCACAAAGUGCAUUAGUAAGUCCAACGCAGAGUCAGACCCUGACGAGGAGAAGAUCAACCACCGCAUUCCUCAUCGCUUCGAGGCCUUCUCCAAUAUGGGAGCCAACUGGUGUUGCCACUGCGGUUACAUGCUGCCUCUUGGAAGAAAGCAGGCUCGCAAGUGUUCUGAGUGCAGCUCUACCUGCCACAACAACUGCAUCCACUUCGUUCCGGACUUCUGCGGUAUCUCCAACGAAAAGGCCAAUGAAAUUCUUGGAGAAAUCCGCAGAGCCACCAAGGGCCGCCAGGGCACAAGCAUGUCGGAGCGCAAGUUGCGUCCUGGCACAGCCAACAGUGUUAGGCCCGCUGCUCAGCCCUCUCAGCCUUCGUUUAUGCCUACACCCUCUCACCAGGAUCAAACGGCGAACCCUCAGGACAGGCCACUCUCCUAUGGUAAAGAUCGCAUGUCAGACGCCUAUGAUGCUCCACCUCGCAGCUCGACGUAUGGCGCGCCUGCCACCUCGGUUGAUGCUGCUCGUGCAUCCUUCGCCGCUCCUCCUCAGUCUCCUCAACAACCGGAAGCUCGUCCACCACCCGCUCACCGUCAAUACUCGUCCCAAUCUGCUGCAGCGGCCGCAGCUGCAGCUCUUUCCGGCAAGCGCUCAUCAGCGGCAGAACAGAGAAUUCCUCCCUACAACCGCUCUUCCACCGACUACCAGAAGCAGCAGCAACAACAGCAGCAGCAGCAGGCCAGCCAGAGAAGCUCCACAGCGACGACAAGCGGCGAUCAAUACCCUCAGCAGAGAACUUCCCAGCCACAGCCUGCAGGCUACAACCCAGCAGACUAUGCCGCUGUCAGUGGCUUCCCAGUCCAGCCUCUUCAACAGCCUCCUCAACAAGCUCAACCUCCUCGCCAGCAAUACCCUCCUGUUCCAGCACAAAGCCCGCCUCCUACCACCACUCCUACGUCACCACCAAGCAAGACUGCAACAUCUAUGGGACCUCCUGCAAGAAAGACUCAAGGCGGGAACAUCCGUGUCGGCCUCGACCACUUCAACUUCCUUGCUGUACUCGGUAAGGGUAACUUUGGUAAGGUUAUGCUUGCCGAGACGAAGCAGUCGAAGCAACUGUAUGCCAUCAAGGUUUUGAAGAAGGAGUUCAUUAUCGAGAACGACGAGGUCGAGAGCACAAGGUCAGAGAAGCGUGUCUUUUUGAUCGCUAACAAGGAGAGACAUCCCUUCUUGACCAAUCUCCACGCUUGUUUCCAGACCGAGACCAGAAUCUAUUUCGUCAUGGAGUACAUUAGUGGUGGUGAUUUGAUGUUGCACAUUCAGCGUGGACAGUUCGGUACCAAGAGAGCUCAAUUCUACGCCGCAGAGGUCUGCUUGGCGCUCAAGUACUUCCACGAGAACGGUGUCAUCUACCGUGAUUUGAAGCUUGACAACAUCCUUCUUACAUUGGAUGGCCACAUCAAGAUUGCUGAUUAUGGUCUCUGUAAGGAGGAUAUGUGGUACGGCAGUACGACCAGCACGUUCUGUGGUACUCCCGAGUUUAUGGCCCCCGAGAUCCUUCUUGACAAGAAGUACGGUCGUUCUGUUGAUUGGUGGGCAUUUGGUGUUCUUAUCUACCAGAUGCUGCUUCAACAAUCUCCAUUCCGUGGUGAGGAUGAAGACGAAAUCUACGACGCCAUUCUCGCAGAUGAGCCGCUAUACCCCAUCCACAUGCCUCGCGACUCGGUGUCGAUCCUCCAGAAGUUACUCACACGUGAGCCCGAGCUCCGUCUGGGUAGUGGACCAACUGAUGCUCAGGAAAUCAUGAGCCACCCCUUCUUCAAGAACAUCAACUGGGAGGACAUAUACCACAAGCGUGUUCCUCCACCUUUCUUGCCCACCAUCAAGGGCAAGGCUGAUACCAGCAACUUCGACUCCGAGUUCACAAGCGUCACACCGGUACUUACACCAGUGCAAUCCGUAUUGACUCAAGGCAUGCAAGAAGAGUUCAGAGGAUUCUCAUACACUGCCGAUUUUGUGUGA